UCUCAUAAUUCUAGUCUCAUCUGGGACCAAAAAGAGACCAGCAGAAAUGGAGACGAGUACGAUUGUGUUGUUCGUCGUGGUAGGAUUCUUCGGGUUGGGAAGUACCGUGCUUGGCUUCAUCGCCGAGAGCACGAAGCUAACCCGAGGUGACAUCGAGGUAUCCAUGACCAAGUGCAUCUACCCUGCCAACCCGGCUUUUGCGCUUGGGUUAGUCGCGGCCAUCCUGCUGCUUGUCGCCCAGAUCAUCGUCUCGGCCGUCACCGGCUGCUGCGGCUGCUGCAAGCCUCGGGGCGGCGGCUUUUCCGGGUCCAAGCGGACCAUCAGCAUCGUCUUCGCUGUCCUCUCAUGGAUAGCGGCGGCGCUGGCGGAGCUCUACUUCCUGCAGGGCGCGGCGUGGAACGCGCCGGUGACGCGCGAGGCCGCCGAGGGCUGCUACUACGCCAGGAAUGGCGUGUUCAGGAGGGCGGCCCUCCUGAGCAUCGUCGCCACCGUGCUCGGGAUCAAAUCCUACCUCCUGCUUCGCGCGGCGGCUGCCCAGGGACCGGUAGCCAUUCUGGGGACGCCGGCGGCAGGCGAGCCCAAGCACGACGGGGUCGCCAUGGGACAUCCUGUUGCUCCGGUGUAUGGUCAGCCGCCGUACGGACACUACCCUCCCCCUCCUGCUCAAGGAUAUGGACACUACCCUCCUCCACCGGCUCAGGGAUACGGACACUUCCCUCCUGCUGCUCCCGGUCAACAACACGCACAAGCAGUGUAGUGCAGAGCUGCAGAUCAACCGGCAAUGGCAUGGGAUAUGGGGAAGAGCAAACGAUUCUCGUUUCUUUUUCCCAAAUGUUUCGGUUGUGCAAUCUUGGUGUGUUUGAGAUUCAGACUUUGUGCAGUGUGUAUACCAACACGAUGCUAUUGAUC